UGAACAGAUGUUCUAUGUGAGCUAGCGAUAUUGUCUAUGUAAUCUCAAAGUUUGUUAUUUUGAAUAAGGGCACGAAAAUUAAGAGGAUACCAAGUAGGAAGUUAAGACAAUUAUAACAGACGAGAUGUGUCUCUGUCUCGGUCCUAUUAAAUCUGGCAAAACGUUUCUGAUGAAACGAUUGCAAGGCGACGUGAUAGACGACGCGGUCAACACCGUUCCCACGAACGGUAUAAAUCAUUUCACGAUUAAGGAUAGCACCGGUAAAUUUGACACGAUCGUGAGAGAUAUUGGUGGUAGCAUGGCACCCAUUUGGAAACAUUAUUUCGACCGGGUAGGGAAAAUAAUUUAUGUGGUGGACGCGAGCAAUCUCUGUCAAAUAAGCGCGGCGGGAGUGUUACUUUACUCGCUGCUAGUGGAACCUAGAUUGCGGGCCAUCAAAAUCGCGUUAACGUUGAAUAAGAUGGACCUCUCUUAUCGUCAAAUGCGGAACGAAGCCCUGCUAAUUCUUCAAUACUCGCGGCUGCAAAAGGAGGCCACGCAAACUCUAACUAUAUUCGAGACUAGCGGAAUGACUGGGGAGGGUGUCGAAAAAUUAAGGAACUGGUUAUUCGAUCCGGCCACUUUAAAAUCUGCAACUGCGAACAAGUAAAAUGAACGUGGACGCGAUUUG